AAGAAUCGCGGCCCAACGUGAAGGUUCCUGUUGAAGGAGUGUUGCUUCUCCAUCAGAUUAACCCCGGGAAGAGGCUCUCCUGACCUGUGACAUUUUUACCCCAUUUCAGUUGAGACAAGAAUCAACUUCUGUCUCUACUAUCUAGUGAGAGUAGGGCUUGACUCAUGGCAUUACAUGGAUCAGUGACAUUCCAGGAUGUGGCCGUGGACUUCACCCUGGAGGAGUGGCAGCUGCUGGGAUAUUCUCAGAGGAAGCUGUAUUGGGAUGUGUUGCUGGAGAACUUUAAAAACCUCAUCUCAGUGGGGUGUCCAGUCACCAAAACAAAAGUGAUCUUCAAGGUGGAGCAAGGACAAGAGCCAUGGAUGGUGGAGGGAGAGAACCCACGUUGGCGCUCUCCAGAAGUUAUCUGCUUACUUGAUGAUGAGCUAGAGGGACAGGAAGGAGAAGGAAGCAAAGACAGUUUUUUGAACCAAGGUAUGUUCACCUUCAAGAAAACACUGACCAAUGAGACAGUCCAAAAUUGUAAUCUGAAUAUAAAUUUUAUUUCUUCAAGAGAAAAACAGCAUAAAUGUGAAUCAAAUGGAAAGUGUUUGCAACCUAACUUAUACUUUCUUAGUUAUAAUAAAAGUUAUAUCAGAGAAAACUCUCAUGAAUACAAGGAAUGUGGAAAAGCCUUCAAAAACAAGUUGUGUCUUAUUAGACAUGAAAAAAAGCACAGAAGGAAAAAAACCUUUGGGUGCAGUGAAUGUGGGAAAGCCUUCCAAAAGAAGUCUCAUCUCAUUAGACAUGAAAAAAAGCAUACAAGGAAAAAAAUAACCUUUGAAUGCAGUGACUGUGGGAAAGCCUUUAACAGUAAGGGACACCUUGCAGCUCAUCAAAAAAUUCAUAGUGGAGAGAGACCCUUUGUGUGCAGUGAUUGUGGGAAAGCUUUUACGCAUAAAGCACAACUCGUGGUCCAUCAGAGACUCCACACUGGAGAGAAGCCUUAUGAAUGUGGUCAAUGUGGGAAAUCAUUCACCUGGAACUCUUCCUUUACUCAGCAUGUGAAAUCGCACACACCCGAGAACUCAUUUGAAUGUAAGGAGUGUGGGAAAAGCUUCAGGUACAGUUCAUCCCUUUAUAAACACUCCAGAAUCCAUACAGGCGAGAAACCGUACCGAUGCAGAGAAUGUGGCAAAGCCUUUGCAGACUCAUCAGUGUUGGUCAUGCAUCAGAGAAUUCAUACAGGCGAGAAACCCCACGGGUGCACUGAAUGUGGCAAAGCCUUCAUCAAGAGAUCACAUCUCCUUAAACAUUACUCAACUCACAGAGAGCAACAAAAUAAAUGCAACACAUGUGCGAAAUCUUUUAACUAGAAGACACAUCUUAUUCUCCAUCAAAGAAGUCAUAAAAACAAGGGAGCUUUGUAAAUGUGAGAAAACUUAAAAUUAGCCUUUUACUGAAGCAGCAAAGAAUUCAUCAUGAGAAAAACCCUAUCAGUUGAAUAAAUGUGGAAAAGCAUGUUCUGAAAUUCAUGUUCUGUAAGUGAUAUUACUAAUUUUAUUGAAAAGAUUGCAGAAAAUUUUGAGCUACAGAAAACUUUACAGUAAAACUGAGGAAGUUGUGAAAAAAUUGAAUAAUUAAGGCAUCAGACUGACUAUAAUUGCAUGUGUACACUGCCCCUGAUUUAUGAUUUUUACACAAUUUAUACAAAUGUCUGCAUUGCUUAAGAAAUUUGUAUAACCAUGGGUUUGAAAUAUAUGCUAUGCACAUUAUACAAAAUUUUAUCUGUUGUAACGAUGGUUGCAUAACAUUGUGAACGUACUUAAUGCCAAUGAAUUGUACACUUAAAAAUGGUUUAGAUAGUACAUUUUAUGUUCUGUAUAUUUUGAUACAAUAAAAAAUGUAUAAAUAAAACUUG